GAGGGAGGGGGAGAGAGAGAGGGAGGGAGCGAACGAACGUCGGCGGCAGCAAGCCACCAGCCCCGUAAUCGAGAAAGAAAAGAGAAGUUACGCAAGAAAGAAUUGCUGUAAUUUUCUCACCUGCUGGGCUACAUUGGGUAAAUUAAGUCCACCAGAGGCUCAGGUGACAGAGGAGGCCGUUUGGGAACUCCGUAGGAACAAAACAACAAAAGCAAAAAUACGGGAUUUAACACAGGCAGUGACAAUAAAACAACACUCCCUGACAAGUGGGCUGCUGGCUGCCGAAGGAGCAGUCAGGACAAGGAAAAAAAGGAAAUAAAUACGACAUCUGCUUCUCCCUUAAGGUAUUUAAACGUUAUUGUCAAAACAUCAAUUCUCACUGAACUUUAAAUUCAUGAAACAAUGAAGACUUAGCCAGAACUCAUCAAGUGUCUCUGCAGUAGCUAACGUUAGUUAGUUAGCUUGUGAGUGAGCUGUGUUCGCUAGCUACAGUAGCGUUUUGCUAGCGACUAACGUUAGCUAAGCUAGCUGACUAAACGUGUUGUUUUCCAAUAAACUUUGGUGGUGCUUUUAAUAACCCGAACAGUGAAGGAGUGCUUCAAGACUAGAGGGGGAGGGCAGGUUCCCUUCUUGACAUAUUUCCCUCUACACAUUUUCUUUAAAAUGAUAGCUGCGGAGGCCAGUAGUGAAGACACGGGCUCUGUCUCGACAGGGGUGGCAGGCGGCGGAGGCCCCGAGACGGCCCACUUUCCGUUUUAUCCCAAUCAGACCAGAGUGCGGGUCACUGAUUUUGGCCAGCGAUCAGCACCAAACUCCCGCUACCAGUCGAACACCUCCCCGGACGCCCUCCCUGAUAUGAGUAUGAUUUACCCCGGUUCUGGAGGAGAUAUUACCGGACCAGUCUUGUCCGCUACAGGGAAUGGGGGUGGUGGACACGCAAUUUGUCAAGGAACAAGCUCAGGGACCAUUGGCGGUGUGUGCUACUCCCCCACCUCAGAGGGGCCCUGCAGCCGGAUAUCACCCACCUCGUCGGGUCCAGACGGGCCCAGUGUCUUCCCCCCACUACCACCACCACCUCUGCUCCCCACAGGCUACGGGGGACUCGGCACUGUGGAUGAAAGCGAGAUGCAGGAUGGACCAGAAUACGAGGAAGAGGAGGUGGUCUUCCCGCUCUCAGCGCCGCCCACUAACCAGUGGUACCAUGGGAAGCUUGACCGGACCAUUGCUGAGGAGCGGUUGCGGCAGGCCAAGACUUCUGGCAGCUACCUCAUCAGGGAGAGUGACCGCCGUCCCGGCUCCUUUGUCCUGUCCUUCCUCAGCUUGACCAGCGUGGUCAACCAUUUCAGGAUAAUCGCCAUGUGUGGAGACUAUUACAUUGGCGGGCGCCGGUUCUCGUCCCUGUCGGACCUGAUUGGUUAUUACAGCUAUGUGUCUUGCCUGCUGAAAGGUGAAAAGCUGCUAUCACCCGUGGCUCCCCCAGAGCCUGUAGAGGACAGGAGGCGAGUGAGAGCCAUUCUUCCAUACACCAAAGUGCCAGAGACCGAUGAGAUCAGCUUCCUGAAAGGGGACAUGUUUAUCGUUCACAAUGAACUGGAUGACGGCUGGAUGUGGGUGACCAACGUGAGGACAGAGGAGCAGGGCCUCAUUGUAGAGGAUCUAGUGGAGGAGGUGGGAAGGGAGGAGGACCCACAUGAGGGCAAAGUCUGGUAUCACGGCAAGAUCAGCAAACAGGAGGCCUAUAACCUUCUGAUGACAGUUGGUCAAGUGUGCAGCUUCCUGGUCCGGCCGUCAGACAACACACCCGGGGAUUACUCACUGUUUUUUCGCACUAAUGAGAACAUCCAAAGGUUUAAGAUAUGCCCCACCCCCAACAAUCAGUACAUGAUGGGGGGGAGGUACUAUAACAGUGUUGAUGACGUUGUGGACCAUUAUAAGAAGGAGCAGAUUGUAGAGGGCUACAACCUGAAAGAUGCUGUUUCGGUGCAGCACCAGGAACAAGUGCUCUCAGAGUUGGUGGACGGCAAGGAGAUCUAUAACACUAUCAGACGGAAAACGAAAGAUGCGUUCUACAAAAACAUUGUCAAGAAAGGCUACCUCCUAUUCAACAAAGGCAAAGGUAAGCGGUGGAAGAACCUCUACUUCAUCCUGGAGGGGAACGACGCCCAGCUCAUCUACUUUGAGAGUGAGAAGAGAGCCACCAAACCCAAAGGUCUGAUUGACCUGAGUGUGUGUUCCGUGUACGGUGUGCACGACAGUCUGUUUGGCAGACCAAACUGUUUCCAAGUUGUGGUCCAGCACUUUAGUGAGGAACAGUACAUAUUCUACUUCGCUGGCGAGACUCCUGAACAGGCACAGGACUGGAUGAAAUGUCUGCACACGUUCUGCAGUAACCUUAGGAAACCCACCCAGCCCACUCCCAACAAGAGGCUCCGACAGCCAGCUGAGGCAUCAGAAACCCUGACUGUCUGUCGUCCUGGUGUGUCCCAUCAGGUGAGCAGCCUGGUCCUGUAUGUGGAGGAGGCCCACAAGCUGCCUGUGAAGCACUUCACCAACCCCUACUGCAACAUCUACCUGAACAAUGUGCAGGUGGCCAAGACCCACCCCCGAGAGGGUCAGAACCCCGUCUUCACAGAAGAGUUCAUCUUUGAUGACUUGUCGAGUGAAAUCAACAGGUUUGAAAUCAGCCUGAGCAAUAAGACAAAGAAGAGCAAAGAAAGUGACAUCUUGUUCAUGCGUUGCCAGCUGAGCCGCCUACAGAAGGGCCAGAUGAUAGACGAGUGGUUCCCUCUGAGCUCCCACGUGCCUCUGAAGGGCAUCGAGCCGGGCUCUCUGAGGGUCCGAGCCCGCUACUCCAUGGAGAAAAUCAUGCCUGAGGAGGAGUACAGUGAGUUCAAAGAGCUGAUCCUGCUGAAGGAGUUCCAUGUGAUCUAUGCUCUGGCCCAUGUGUGUGGGCAGGACCGCACCCUGCUGGCCAGCAUCCUGCUGCGCAUCUUCAGACACGAGAAGACAGAGGCCCCCUUACUCAGGACACUCAAUGACCGAGAGAUCAACAUGGAGGACGAGGCGACAACCCUGUUCCGAGCGACCACUCUGGCCAGCACGCUGAUGGAGCAGUACAUGAAGGCCACGGCCACACCCUUCGUCCACCACGCCCUCAAAGAUACAAUCCUCAAGAUCAUGGAGAGCAAGCAGUCCUGCGAGCUGAACCCCUCCAAACUGGAGAAGAACGAGGAUGUGCAUCUGAACCUGGCCCACCUUCUCCUAAUCCUGUCUGAGCUGGUGGAGAAGAUCUUCAUGGCGGCUGAGAUCCUGCCCCCUGUAAAUAGGCUUUCAUCUGUCAUCGACGAUGAUGUCCCCAUCGAUGAUGGCUGUCAAUCAUUGUCGACACCCGAUGACAUCGUUCAUCGGCCCAACCCUAAUAAAACUCUACGAUAUAUCUAUGGGUGUCUACAGAAGUCAGUGCAGCAGAAAUGGCCCAACACCACUAUGAGAACCCGGGUGGUCAGUGGCUUUGUGUUCCUGAGACUGAUCUGUCCUGCCAUCCUAAACCCAAGAAUGUUCAACAUCAUCACUGACCCUCCCUCUGCAACAGCGGGACGUACCCUCACUCUGGUUGCAAAGUCUGUCCAGAACCUGGCUAACCUGGUGGAGUUUGGUGCUAAGGAGCCCUACAUGGAGGGAGUGAACCCCUUCAUCAAAAACAACAAACAUAGGAUGAUCAUGUUUUUGGAUGAGUUGGGUAAUGUCCCUGACCUCCCUGAAGCUACAGAGCACUUUAGAACAGACCUGUCCCGUGACCUUGCUGCCCUGCAUGAGAUCUGUGUGUCACACUCAGACGACCUCCGCACCUUGAGCAACGAGAGGGGAGCACAGCAGCACGUGCUGAAAAAGCUGCUGGCCAUCACUGAGCUCCUUCAGCAGAAACAAGGUCACUAUGCCAUGUCCAACAGCAACAGGUAGUACAGCACUCCUCCUCUCUCUCUUGCUCUCUCCCUUUGUCUCCCUGCACAGAGACACACAGGGGACCUGACCCAGCAUGCUCCAAUCAUUACCAUGGCACCCCUCCAUCUCCCAUCUCCUAUCUCCUCCUACAACAGUCCCACCCACCACAUUGCCCAUGCCAGGAGAGCUAUGCAAUGAAAGCAGCAGAAAACCGAACCAACGCAGUACAUAAACAAAACAAAAAAAACUCAACUUGCACCAGACUGCUGUAUGCACAGUGAAUGUGUUUUUUUUCUUCUGAAAACAGUGUUCAUGAUUCUGUGACUUGGGUACAUGUAUGCGUAUCAUUCCCCUUCAUCAAGAGGGUCAAAGAUUUGAUUUCAAAGUAAAGCUUCACAUGCUCAAGACAUGUUUUUCCACACAGCACAGGUUGCCAAAGUAUAUCUAUCUCCCUGCUCAAUAUGAGGAAAGUCAACUGACAUGAAGAAGCUACAGUCAACCCUGUAAUGCUUUUUACUGUUAUGGUUGUGACAAUGUCCACAAAGUGCUGAAACUAGCGUUUCUAUUUGUCUCCAGUAUUUGGGGGUUCUUUCUCUGUAUUUUUGUCUGGAGAUUCUUGCAGAAAGUAUGUUUAUUUUAUCUAUUAAAAAAAAAAUCUUGCUGGAAUCAUGAGUAUAUAGUUGAAUUUUUUUUAAUUUUUUUUCCCCAAUUGUAUCACAUUUUGAUUGUUUGGUUCACUCUUCCUUAACUUCUCAAUGCCAGACAAGAUGCAGAAUAAAUACAAAUAAAGUUAAUGUUUACAGCAGUAAAUCUUUGAAUAGUACAGAUUGUAUCAGACAUGCAUGCACUUAUUAAAGUUGUUUUGUAAAGUAGAUAA